UUGUGAAUAUUCUUUUCCUAAUAUUAAUUUAUUUGUUGGUUUUCCAUGGACAGAGUACUUCACUGUCAUUUUUGGUGAUUGUUCUUCUUUCAUUGGUGAUGGCCAUAGUUCUCAACUACACCAUGUUUUUAUGUACCAUAGUUAACUCUGCUUUAACUACAACCAUUGUUGGAGUCCUCAAGGGGGUUGGAUCCACGACCCUAGGUUUUGUCUUACUGGGAGGAGUAGAAGUACAUGCAUUGAAUGUCACUGGACUAGUGAUCAACACGGCCGGUGGUGUGUGGUAUUCAUAUGCCAAAUAUCAGCAAAAGAAGAGCAAGCCACCUAAGUUAAUGUCAGAUUUGGAGUCCCAUUGUAAAUAAAAUUGAUGAUGAAGCAUUGUAGCAGGUGGCCCCUAACUAAUGUGUUUCAACUUUUAUUAAAAUCUCUCAUAACUAAGUUAUACACACGUUUUCUUUCCCAAUAUUUUGACCAUAUCCGUUUUUCUAAUUGUGAUUAUUAUGGGAUGCAAUUGAUUUGUAACGGAGGAUUGUAAAAAGAGAAUGAUU